AUGUUUCGCGCAGCCUCGCGGCGCGCCAGCGCCCAAGCUCAAAAGCUCGCACAAGCACAGCGCCAACCCUGGACACGAUCAAUAUACAGCAACAAUGGCCGACCAGCUCUGCGCCCACGAUGCAACAAUAUCAAUUCCAAUCUCUUCACCAUCCCUCAUACCCGCCACCUCACCAUCGGCCAGAAGAUUCGCCUGAAAUACCGCGAAGCCUCCAAGGGCGUUUUCCGCAAGAACCCGGUCUUGCUACCAUUAGCCAUAUUCUCUGUGAUCGGCGGUAUCGCCGUCUUCGCAUACGUCUCCUACGUGGAAGUCACUCGUGUCCAACCUCAGUAUCACAAGUUCCCCCAGCCUGUCACCGACCAGCUACGCACGGCUGUGUACUAUACCGAGAUCGAUCUGAACCCGCCCAAGGCUUUGAAGGCGUAUAAGGAGGCACUCCGGAUCGCUGCGGAGAUGGGUAUGCACCCUUUCUCGGAUGAGGUGCUGGGAAUUAAGCUGCAGGUCGCGAUGAUGCUGGAGAAGUCUGGGUUGGUCAAUCCUGCGGUUGAGGUGCUGGAGCGGACGAAGACGGAAGCCUUGAAAUGGAUCGAGGAAGGUCGCAAGGCGGAAUCUGCACCCGGGGAUGCGGCGAAGGCGGCACAAGUCCCUGUGAAGACGAACACCUCAUCAGAGAUUGCCCAGAUCAAUGCAGACGACCUGCAAGAUGCAGAGAAGAAAUUGAAGGAGAUGCAAGAGUUUGAAGCGAAGCAGCGUGACCGGGCCCUAAAGAAGGUUGUCGGUAUAGAGAUGAAGCUCGCCGAGUUAUACGCAAGCGAGUAUAUCCAAGACGAGAAGAAGGCCGAGGAUGCCCAAGUCGCUGCCGUGGAGCUGUGCCUGAAAGAAAUGCACCGUCGGCAAAAGUUGGGCCUGCCUGUUGGUGGAGGGGCAGCCGGUGAAGGAGAUAGCGAGGCAUGGCUGAACAUCACCGAGAUUGCGACAGCACUGGCCGAGCUUGCGGACACUUACACCGCAAAGGACCGCAGCGAGCUUGCCUUGCCCUUGUACCUACGCGCACUGGAAAUGAUCCGCGUCACAGAGGGCGACUCGCCCUCUUGCAAACAGGUUGUGCUGCUGAACAGUGUUGCCAGCGCCAUGGCGGGCCAAGCACAGGUUCCGGCAAAACCCCGUCCUCAAGAGAAGCAGACUGCCUCGCGAGAGCAGACUAUCGACGCUGCUCGGCAAUGGGCUCAGAAAGCUAUUGAUGUCGCUGCGCGAAUCCAGCCGCCUGUGCGCAACGAGGAGUGUGAUAUGACUUGUGUGGCUGCAACUUAUAAUCUAGGUGAAAUUGCAGAACUACAGAAUAAGCCUGACGUGGCUCAGCAGCGCUAUGCGGAGGCCAAGUCGCUAGCACAGGGCUUGGGUUACGAGGAGGGUGUCUCUAUGGCUGACGAGGCCUUGAAGAGACUCAAAAAUUAG